AAAUCAGCCUUUUUCUUUAACUACUCCUGUGAGUUUGAUUGAACAUGGACGCCACCAUUUAGAGCAAAUUUGUGCCCCACUUCCUCUGUGAUAUUACUCUGAGGGGGGUGGAGUGAGUGUAUGUUUAUGUGCUUAUGAGGGAGUUUUAUCAGUGUGACCCAGCUGUGUCUCCACAAGCCUGUCACUGGUGUGAAAGAGGACACACUCCUUCUGCAGGCCCGUUUUAAAUAGAAGGGACUCAUACUGUGCGUGCUGCAAUGAGACGUGUGUUGGUCCUGGUUGUGCUCGGUGUGUUGGGGGCUGAUGUGUGCGCGGCUCGUGCCGCGUGUCCGCAGGUGUGCUCCUGCAGGGCCGGUGUGGUGGACUGCAGCGAGCGGGGACUGACCACUGACAAACUGCCCUCAUCUUUCCCUGCUGACACCAUUGAGCUCCGUCUCCAUGACAACUUCCUUACAGCCCUGCCCACCGGCUUGCUGGACCCGCUGCCGGCCCUGCGGCGGGUCAGCCUACACGGCAACCACUGGACAUGUGACUGUGCGGUGCUCUAUCUGAGGGGGUGGCUGUUAAAACAGAGCAGCAAUGCACUGAUAGGGAAUGUGAGCUGUACUUCUCCUCCCAGUCUGCAGGGGAGGCUGGUGGCGUAUCUGGAUGAGGAGGAGGUGCUGAGCUCGUGCCAUUAUUGGCUGUGUGACCUGGCCGUAGCCUCUCAGAUCAGCCUGUUCGUCUUCAUAGUUGUGCAGGUGCUCCUCCUGGCCGCAGUCGUCCACUUCCUCCGCCGCUUUGACCGGUUGACCUGUGAUGCCCGCCGCUCGGCUCAUAAUGAUGGAGUCUCGGAGGAAGCUGUGUUACUGAAGGACAGAGACUCCUGAGAAACUUUACUGCACUGGUUCUCAACAGUGGUCCUGGAGUGCUUCUGACCUGCACUUUUUAUUUUAUUUUAUUUAUUUUCUUUUUAUUUAGUUUUUUAGAUUACAAGGAUUGCAGGGUUAACAUUACACUUGCUGUAAGCAGGCAAAUGGGUGGGGAGUGGUGGGCCUCCACUGCAGAGAUACAAAUACACAACAAAUGAGAAAUAAUUCAAUAAUGCAAAUGAACAAGAACUUUAUAGACAAAAA